AUGUAUGCUAUUGGAUUUAAGUCCUCAUCUUUAGAGAAGAUUACUUAUUCGAUGUUAGUAGAUGAGAUUUUCAACAAGGUUGAGUUAGAUGGAGCCAGGUUGAAGCUUAAAAUAAGUUACAGUCUAUCUAAAACUCGGAGAGAGGCAUACAUAGUAAAUGAUGCUGAUGUUUUAGUAUUCCUAACAUCAUUGGAUACAGAGGGACUUAAACCAGUUUUACAUGUUGAGUUAUGCAAUGUUUCUGAAAACAAUGAGAAACUCGUUGAGGAAGUAUCAAGAGCAGUGGAACGACGAAGUUCAGUUGGUGUGAAUUAUGAUAUAUGUAACGCAGGAAUGCUUACUAUUUUUAGAGAGGGGGAAACAUCAAAACAGCCGAUCAUUGAAGAGGUUAUAGAGAAUGAAACAAUUAUAUCUGAAAAAGAUGUUGCUAUUGAACGUGUAUCACCUGCAGAUGUGGAUAGCCCGAUGGAUGAGGGUUUGGAUGAUGUGCGUGAUGAUGUUUUGCGUGAUGAUGUUGAGCUUCCACUUCCUUUAAGUAGAGAAAGUCAGUUUAUUACAGAAUGGGAAGAUGGAAUGGGAAUUGAAGUUGAUCAAGAAUUUAGUUCUAAGGAGGCAGUGUGGGAUUUGAUUAACAAAGCUUCGAAUAAGUACUGUUUUAAUGUGAAAACAGUUAAGUCGGAUCCGAUGCGUCUUAUGGUUAAAUGUAGUCAAGCUUCAACUGGUUGUGACUGGUACUUGCGAGUUGCAAAAAUUCAGAAAUCUGAUUUUUGGUGUGUCAGAGUAUACAGGAAUAUGCAUAAAUGCUCGCGGUCUGUUCAGAGUACAAGUUAUACUAGACAGAGAGGAACACCACGGCUAGUAGCAUCAGUUUUGCAUGAAGACUAUCCAUGUCAAUUUGAUACGCCGGCUCCAAAAAACAUCAUGAGUAUUGUUCAAGGAAGACUUGGUUUAAGUUGUUCCUACUCCACUGCCUUAAGAGGGAAAAAACAACAUGUCCUGAAACAAGCAACAUGUCCUGAAACAAGCUACAAGCUUUUGUUUUCUUAUCUACACAUGUUAAAAGUUGUCAAUCCUGGGACAAUAACAAGUGUGGAAUUAGAUGAAGAUAAAAGGUUCAAGUUCUUAUUCAUUGCUUUAGGAGCGAGUGUUGAAGGGUUUAGGGCAAUGAGGAAAGUAAUUGUUAUUGAUGCAACUUUCCUUAAGACUGUGUAUGGAGGUAUGCUAGUUUUUGCAACAGCUCAGGAUCCAAAUCAUCACCACUAUCCAAUUGCCUUUGGUGUGAUUGAUAGUGAGAAUCAUGCUAGUUGGAGGUGGUUUUUUGAAAGGCUGAAAACUGCAAUACCGGAUGCACCUGGUUUAGUUUUUAUAAGCGACAGACAUAGAAGCAUCAUCAAGGCAGUCUUGGAAGUAUAUCCUAAAUCAGUUCAUGCGCAUUGUGUAUGGCAUUUAUCUCAAAACAUCAGAGUGAAAGUGAAGAAAGACAAGGAUUUAGCUGCAGAAAAAUUCAGGGAAUGCGCUCAUAUUUAUACUAAAAGUCAGUUCAACAUAGCAUAUGCUGAUUUUAAAACAAGGUUUCCUACAGCUGGUGUCUAUUUGGAUGACAAGAUAGGGUUGGAGAAAUGGGCAAGGUGCCAUUGUGAAGGAGAUAAGUACAAUAUUGACACUAGCAACUCCGCAGAAUCUAUGAAUAAUGUGUUUAGGAAAUCGAGGAAGUACCAUCUAUUACCUAUGAUUGAUGCCAUCAUUGAGAAAUUUUCAGAAUGGUAUAACAAAUAUAGGAAAGAAUCUGUUGGUGCACCAGCAGGAAAGAAAGUGGUGCCCUUUGUAGAGAAUCUGUUGCAUGCACGAUGUGCAAGUGCUAAGCUUUUAACGGUCGUUGAACUGAACAGCUAUAUGCUAGAGUACAACGUUACUGGAUGUGGUGAUGGGCAUACUUAUUUGGUUGAUUUGAAAAGUAAAACUUGUUCUUGUUUAUGUUUUGAUAUAGACAAGUAUCCGUGUGUUCAUGCUAUAGCUGCAGCUAUGAAAAUGAAACAGAAUGAAGGAAGAACAUCUAAUAUCCAACUCGCUGAUCUUUGCUCAGUUUAUUACUUGAUUGAGACAUGGGCAAUUGCGUAUUGCAGGACGAUCUAUGUAGUGCCGCAUGAGGAAAAAUGGACUAUUCCUGCUGAUGUUCUCGAAUUAUUUGCCUUACCGCCAGAGUACACAAAAAAUGUGGGAAGAAAUCAAGAAACACGGUUUGCAUCCACAGGAGAACGACGUCGAAAGAGAAAGAAAAACAACAAGUCUCAGCCUGGAAUUAACUUGGAGAAGUGGUUGCAGCCUGAAGUUCCUGAGCCUAUGACUUGA